UUUCUUAUGGCAGAAUGUGGUAAUCUUUCGGAAAUCCGGUAAACACUUUUGUUUUUCUAUGUUAUUACAAAAAAGGAGAAAUAUUUGGUGCAGUCCCGAGGGUGAGACGGGCCGUGGUGGGCGUCCAGUGUUGACAAACAUGGAGGAGGGUCCACAGGGCUCUGGUGGUGGACGGGAAGGCAGCUUCAGUAGUCUUUACCUGUCCAUGGAAGACAACCACUCUAGUCGAGCUGCCUCCACUUCUACCACAGCCUCAACUUCCACAUACGCCACUGAUGACCCCACUGACAUUCCUUAUAAGCAUGCCAACACCAGUAUUGCCUCAGAAGCUGCCUCUUCCUCACCACAGUCCUUGAAUGAAGGAAGCUCCUCCCCAAGCUUCAUGAGCAGCAGUUGGGAGAUGAAUUACCAUGAAGCUGCAAUAUUUCUAGAGGAAGGGGAGAACAAUGACAAGUUCAACAGUCACCCACGGGACCGUUCUGCCCUGCCAGCCUACCUGGUGACACACAAUCAUUGGUUCUACUCCCUUGACCUGUUUGCUGCCCUGCUCCUGCUCUCCCUUGCCAUCAUUGAGCAGCCUGCAGUCUUCCAUGGAGUCCCAGUGGGAGUUCAUGCCUCUAUAGAACUCUUUGGCCUCUUCUUGGUUGGCAUCUCCAUAGUGAUGCACUUACGGUGGCUGGGACCACGCACUUACCUCACUCACAGGCGCUCUGCUGUCAAGCUGGUGACGUGGAUUGUGAUGCUCGUUGAUGCGGUGGUGGUGAUCAGCAGGAACAAGACCCAUUUCCGUGUGACUCGAGCCUUGCGUCCAAUCUUCAUGGUGGACAACAGAUACCUAGGAGGAGUGCGCAGGUUUCUGCGGCAGAUCCUGCAGUCAGUGCCACCCAUAAUGGAGAUAAUGGUCAUCCUGUUUUUCAUCCUGCUUAUCUUUGCCACCCUUGGGUUCUACCUCUUCAGCCCCAACCAGAAGGAUCCAUACUUUUCCACCUUUGGCCAGGGCUUUGUUUCCCUCUACGUCCUCCUCACCACUGCAAACUAUCCAGAUGUGAUGAUGCCAGCCUAUGCCCAGAGCAAAUGGAGUGCUGCAUUCUUUAUAGCCUUCCUGAGUGUUAGCCUGUACUUCAUCAUGAAUCUGAUGCUUGCUGUGGUGUUUGUUGUGUUCAGUGACAUAGAGAAGGAGAAGUUCCGCAAGUUGCUAGUGCACAAGCGCAGGGCAUGUCAGUAUGCAUUUCGCCUCCUGGUAACCUCCUCGUGCCCUACCCUCAUCUCCUUCAAGCACUUCCGGGGCCUCCUCAGUUUCUUCAGGCCUGGCACAGGUGACAAAGACGCCCUCCUCAUCUUCAAGGCUCUGAACCGCUCUGAAACUGGCAUGCUUAGCCUCAAUGAGUUCUACAGCAUUUAUGACAUGUGUGGAUACAAGUGGAGGACCAAAGAACCUCCUCUCCCAUGGUUUAAUUCGUUGCCAGGCCCCAUCCGUGGCUGCUGCUACCUCAUUCGACGACUAGUUACAUGGAAGUGGUUUGAUUAUUUUAUCUACUGUGUCAUUAUCCUCAAUGCAGUGGUGCUCAUCACACACACCAUUAUGCUGUCCGCUGCCAACAUCUCCAUCUCCCAUGACCUGCAUAUCACCUGGGACCAGAUCACUGUGGUGUCCAUAUAUGCAGUGGAGGCAUUGCUCAAGAUAAUUGGACUGGGGCCAUGGAAGUACUUCCAUUCUGGCUGGAAUGUAUGGGAUUUCAUCAUCACUGUACUGGCCAUUGUGGGCAUUGUGGCUGAGGAGUUCUCAGACUCUUUCUUCUACAUUGUCAUCUUAAGGCCUUUGAGAUUACUGAGGCUGUUCAGGGUAAGGAAGAGGUACCAUGCUGUAUUCCAAACACUGGUCAUCCUCCUGCCACGCAUCUCUUCUGCCAUCAUCAUUAUCAUCAUCACCUACUACUUCUUUGCUGUAGUGGGCAUGGAGGUGUUCUCGCAGUAUGACAUGAAGAACUGCUGUGUGAACACCACAGUGGAACAGUUUUACAAGGAUGACAACACUACCCUGUACCCUGACUAUUAUUACCUCAACAACUUUGACAACAUCUUCAUGGCUGGUGUCACCCUCUUUGAGCUGACUGUUGUGAAUAACUGGUUCAUCAUCAUGGAAGGAUAUGUGGCAGUGACAAGCGAUUGGUCAAGGCUAUACUUUAUGACAUUUUACCUGGUGAUGAUGGUGGUGAUGUCAGUGGUGGUGGCCUUCAUCCUGGAGGCCUUCACCUUCCGAAUGGAGUACAACCACACAGUGAUGGAGGAUGCAGAUAGAGAUGAUAACACAAUCCGUGUUCGAGUUACGUUGAAGAAGAAUGACUUGGAGGUCAUCCAUAGCACCAUAUUUGAUCCUCGUGCCCUCCAGCAGCUCACCUCCAUCUUUGAGAAUAAGGAGUCUGUGGCCUUUGAGGGCGUGGGACAGCGAACCAAAAUUGUACUGCAGCGGAGGAUGUACCGCGAUGAAAUUCCAGUAUGGAUAUCCCAGGCAGAUCGUGAUUAUGAGGACAGCCCUGAUCUUCCAGGCUCUAGCCAGUCACCAAUCAUGAAUGGAAAUGAACCCAUCCCCACCAGCACCCCGGCCAGCCACAACUCACGACGGGACACGCCACCAUCCUAUGUUGGCUCCCUCAAUCCUAAUGGUUCCUUGGAGGGUAGUAGCAGUAUACUUAACACAUAAGGCAUCAAUAACACAUAAGAGUGUAGCUACAGAAUAUGGCUAAUCCCCACCAGAAUACUUUCCUCAAGGGUGUCUAUUGUAUGUUGCGUUGUGAAUAUUAACUCAUAGGUUUUACCUGUAAUCAGAGAGGACCAGUAAUCUUUGAUACUAAGUACAAUCUGCUGAAUAUUCCACUGAUAUUAUUUAUAUAUACUUAAUGCAGAUUUUCUUGUCCAUGCACAAAGUAUUUCAGGAUCUUCCAUAGUGUCAGUCAAUAUAAUAUGACUAGUUUUCUUAAGAGUACUGUGAUCAUUUUGUAUUUUGUAAGAUUGUCACAUUAUUAUUAUCACAUUUUAGGGAUGGAAAUUAGCUUUUCUAGGAAGCUAUUGGGAAUCAGGAAACUAAUAUAUCCAAGCUGGAAAACCUGAUUCUAAUUUUAAAGAAGUCUGGAACUCGCUUCCCCGACUUAACUGACUCGGUGAAAUGGUGGACAGAGGAGUAGGAUUUAUUUGAUAAAUUUCAGAGAUUAUAUCUAUUUUUAAAACAAAUUGUUGAUCUAAUUGUUGCCAUACUCUCCGUCCUUAGUGAUCAGAACUGGUUGUAAUCUAGAACACAUUGCUGAAUGGGCUUUCAUGUGAUGUCAGCAGGAGUGUACCUGUUUGACUGUGUGUAUGAGUAAUGUGUUGCCAAGAAUUGUACUACAAAUGCUUUUCUAUUUGAUACUGAUAAACGUAGUUGCAUUGUUUACUCCGUCAGAUGUUUAUAUAUUUUUGACAUUGAUGCUGGUUAUUUGAUUGACUAUACAUGCAAUGUUAGAAAGUUCCUUAAAGUUGUGAUAUAUCUUGACCAAAGUUGUAUUUUGUUUAAAGAUGUACAUAUUUUCUCAUUAGAGUAAAGGCACUGUGUCAGCAUGUUGCUGCUCAUAGUAAUCGGAUGUAAAGGCCCACAUAUGACAAAAGAGAAAUAUUUUGUACACUAAACUUUAAGGUAAACAUGAUCAUGGCUGCAUCAUGCUCAUGGUAAAGCAAACAGAUGAACUACUCAAGACUUUUUAUAUUAAACAGGGUGGUGAUGUUCUGAAUGAGAUGUAGGAUUUUAUGAUCAGAAUUAGGAUACAUAAUUUACAUUGAAAUUAGCUAUUUAUGAUCUAUCUGGCUAUCUAUACAUAUACCAGGCUGAUUUCCAUAUCAAAGGGGUAGCAGGGAUCUGGUGUCCAAACACAAAAAAACACACGUAAAAAGCUCAAUUAUUCUUAUGAUAACCGUGUUAACAUGAAUUGGCUGUUAAAUAGGGAUGUUUAUUGGCUGUGGUCUGUCAUGUGCAAAUCUUUAUCUUUUGGUCUUGAAGAUGUGUACAGCUCACAUCCAUCAGUCGAUUUAUAAACACUAGCAAGAGCCAGGUGCUCAUCAGUGGAGCACAUUUCUGUCCUCUAAAAUCCAUUAUGUUGUUGCAUUGAGGUAGUAAAGUGAGAACCCAGCAGGCAGUAGUCCCUGCUGCUUGCAAAUUUUAGUUUUGCUUGGAGGAAAGCAUUCCAGGUGAAACUAGAUCUUGAAUGUUUCUUACAAGAUUUGUUAAUUUAAUUGAUUCUGUGUAUACAAAUAUAUACAUAAGAUAUAUAAAACACACACAUACAAACUGCAUCACAUUAUAAUAUAUUAGAAUUGUGCUUUUGCAGCCCAUUCAUAAAUAGAUGAUGUCUCCACUACAGACACACUGCACUUUGUGUGCCAUGCAUUACAUCCAUCACAGGACAUAACCUCAACCAUUUGCUGCUGGAUUUAUGAAUGGUUUUAAAAGGAAAUCCCCCCCCCCCACCCAAUUCAGCAGUGCAUAAUGGCAGAUUCAGUGUACUAAAAAAUUGCAUGUCACAGACUUGCAGCAUGUUAUGUCUUUUAUUGAUAUUUCUUUUCACACCAGUAUAACAAAAAGGUUUCUAGCUUUAUUAAAAAUGUAUUUUAUGUUCUCGAUGGAGUUUUGGUGGCAAAAAUACUCUUAAUUUCUCAAGCAUGCUAUGAUUUAUUUAAUAAUUUUGUACAAUUCUAUUUAAGUAGGCAUGCUGUAAUUUGUUUGAUAAAUUUAUGAAGUAAAUUACUAUAAUAUUUGUAUGGAUUUUAAGAAAUUAAUUCAUAAGGCCAUUCUUGGCAAAGAAGUAUUAAUACAUUUACAUUUAUGUAUAUAUCCUGUUAAAUAAUUACCCAAAAAUAG